UUUUUUUUCUUUCUUUUAACUUUUUUGUACAAAUCAGUGAGACGACAUGGCCAAGUCUAAGAACCACACCAACCAUAACCAAAACAAGAAGGCUCACCGCAAUGGUAUUAAGAAGCCCGCUCAACACAAGUACCCCUCUCUCAAGGGUGUGGAUGCCAAGUUCCUCCGUAACCAACGUUUCGCAAAGAAGGGUACCCAAAAGGCUCUCCUCGCUGCCAAGAACUAAAUAAAGAUAUACUCCAAAAAAGAUCCAUAUUGGUUUUUUUUUUAUCUCUUUACUAUCA